AUGGCUAGUGGACUGGAGAAAUGUUUGUCUUUGAUUGGAUUCAGUCUUAUCUGUCUUAAGAUGGUUGCUUCAGCAAAAACAGCUCCUGAAAUACCCACUAUUAAUCAGGCAUAUUCAAAAAUCAGCAACAGUAUCACUGUAGAAUGGGCUACAGUGCCAGGGGCCACCAGUUACCUCCUCACAGCUGAAGACGGGGACACAGUCAUUGAAACCAUGGUGGCCAAUUCCCCAGGCACUGUGACAGGCCUGAAGGCUGCGACCUUGUACACAAUCACUAUCAAAUCCAUCAGUGCUAUGGGGAGAAGCCAGGAAUCACCUCCAAAGCAGGCAAAGACAGUGUUGGCUGCACCAGUUCUAGAAGUAAGCUGUCCAAGUCCAGAUUCUAUUCUUGUGCAGUGGGAAGCCGUAUAUAUGGCAAUUGGGUUCUCUGUGUCCAUUAUGCAAGCCAAUGGCUUGGGUACAAUAUGGAAAGAGAAUACUACAAACACCUCCUUGACAUUCACCAGUUUAGAUGCCGGGACUCUCUACACCAUAAAGGCCUAUGCAUGGAAUGCCAAUGGAAUCCCUGGAGAUGACUCCACCUGUAAUCAAAGAACAAGUCCUCAUGCCCCUGCCAACAUUCAAGUCUCUUUUGAUAGUGGGACCCUGAAGGCAUCUGUUUCGUGGGCACCAACAGAAGGAGCUUUCAACUAUACUGUGAUGGCUUUGAGUGACUCUUCAGAGCUGAGCUGUAGUACAACUUUUAGUUCCUGCACCAUCUCCUCCCUCCAAUGUGGAACUGAGUACCUGAUUUCAGUUUUAGCAAGUAAUGAUGCUGGAUCUAGUGAAUCAUCUUCAGCAGCAACCCUGAAAACUGUUGCUUGUGCACCUGGAAGAGUGACGAUCCAAGAAAACCCUCCUGGCCACCUGUCUGUGGCUUGGUCCAGUGUAGAUCUGGGUGAUUACUACGUGGCCUUUGUGAAGAGUGAUGAUGGCUUGGAAGUGCACUGCAACACAUCCCUCACCCAGUGCAAUUUCUUAUCUGAGUGUGGAUUCACUUACUUUAUCAGUGUUUUUGCCUAUAACAAGGCAGGGCAGAGUCCUUUGGGUGACGUAUUCAAUUAUACCACAGCUCCUUGUUGUCCUACUGACAUUAACCCUGUGCUGGUGUCCAGUGACACAGUAGAGAUUGUCUGGUCUCCUGUCCGUGGUGCCGAACUCUAUGAAACCAAGGCUGUAGAUGGGUACAAUGUGGUUGAGUGCAAUGACACUGCUCCUGCUUGCACCCUUUCGGCUCUAGAGUGUGACACCAAGUACAACAUCACGGUAUACUCGUUCAGUGAAGUCCGAGGCAGCAAUACGUCAUGUACUUCCCAGUUUAUAACCACAGCUCCUUGCAGUCCUGAAAUAAAAAAUGUUUCGAAGGAUGCACUUUCCAUAAUUAAUGUACACUGGCAAGCCACUAAUGAUGACGCUACUUAUACGGUGACCGCCAAGGGGGAGAAGGGGCUGUAUCGAUGCAGCAGCACGGGAGAGUCCUGCACCAUGGAGGGCUUGCCUUGUGGCUCAGUGUUCUCGGUCACUGCUGUGGCCGAAACACAGGCAGGACAGAGUCUGCCCAGCCACAGUGUGCCCCUGGAAACGGGGCCAUGCUGUCCAGCUAGUCUGACAGUAACUCAGGUCACCCAAUCAGUAAUCAACGUGAGCUGGAUUAGUGGGUUGGUGGCCCAAACCUAUGUGACAGUUCUGGAGUCACACACUGGACAGUCUAAGUGUCACACCCAUCAAAACCACUGCCUCCUGGGAUGCAUCACAUGUGGCGCCAAUUACACACUGGUAUUAAAAGCAAUUAGUGCCACUGGGUUAACUGCGGACUGCGCCUACCAGAGUUAUUCCUCUAGUGCCUGCUGCCCUUUGGGGGUGAAAUUAUAUAGGCUGGGCCCUAAUGGCAUCCGGGUCUACUGGCAAGCCUCCAGGGGCUCUGCCAAUUACAGCACUGACCUCUAUGGCUCCAAAGGCAUUUUUACAUGUGCCCCAACUACUGGCCUCAGUUUCUGUGAUGUCACCGAGAUACCCUGUGGGGAUGUGUAUACUGUGAUGGUCUCACCUGUUGCUGAAACAGGACUGAAGCUCACUUUCUGUCCCAAAAAAAUAUACUCAGUAACCUGCUCUGGAAGUACACUUGGAAUGGUGAUUUACAGAGGGAAGAGAAAUGCAGAAUGACACAGAGUCCUGGAUAAAAUUAGAGAUUUGACCAGAGUUGUCUAAUUAUUAGUGAUUAGAGUUGGAAAGGAUCUAUUAGAAUACAAAAUGCCUCUAGGAUAGAAAAAGCUCCUUUGGCCUUUAGAAUAAGAACUCUGACUCUGCUUCCUGAGGGCAAGGUCAAGCAUGUCCUCAUCUGCACAGGAGUUCAAGAUCUUCUGUGGAAAGGACUCUGUAAAGAAAUGAAUCCAGAAAGUCCUCUGAAAGGCUGCCAGAGUGAGCCAGCACACUGUGAGAACCCUGGAAACAUGAAAGGCCUGCUUAGCAAAAAUCCGUUCUGAGAUUUUACAUCCAGACAUGCCACAGACUUCAACAUACCCAUGUUAUGAGUGUUUCAUCAACACCAGAACUUGCAGAUGCAGUCCCUAGCCAUUCAGGGGCUGCAAGUGUUCACUGCCAGAGAAGUCAAGCCACUUACACAGAGACAGUGCUCGUCUCGAGACAGACCACCAGGAUUUCAGCAUGGGGUGGAUAGCAGCAGCUGCCAAGCAACCUGUGGUAACAGAUGCCCUCAUAGCAAGCUAGAAGGGAAGCAGAGCUGUUUGUAGGGCUUGCUGAGCCAAAGCUUCAUGUGAUGUGACAUCUGAAGGAGCGUCUGGGAUAGCAGAGCUGCUGGCCUGUUUCUAGAAGGAUUGCAGUCAUGUUUUCUGACUGAGCAAGGGCAGAGCCUCAAACUAUGGCAGACUGACAUACAUGCACGCAUCUUUUCCAGGGAGGACCUUCAGUCUUGUAUCCCCCCUCACACUGUACUGCUUUUUUCAUCUUUGGAGAAGAAAGACAAUGAUAUAUAACAUAAAUCUGUUGUACC